GUUAGGCUUCCCGAGAGGGAGGGCGGGACACCUAGUAACACAGAGAACGGUUCGUGGACACCGUUCCACAGGUGUAUAGGGCCUAUUUACCGAGGAGCGGCAACUGAGAGCUGGUCCAGAUCUAGUGAUGGUUUGCCGCACAGUAAACCUGAGGGAAAUGGCUAGGACACCGACUACAUACUGGCACCGGAUACAAAUUUGACGAAUCUGACAAUCCAAAGUUUCUCAGAGUAGGGGUACUCUCAGGAGGAGGCGAUAUGAAAACGCGACCCGCGGGAAUCGGAAACGCCAAUGCCGACUGGAUGGGCUCGCUUAACCCCGCUCUUACGGCCAUGCCCCUCAAGCACCUUGCGGUGCCCGGGUCACAUGACUCCUUCAGUUUCUGGGUGGAUGAGCAUGCUCCGGUGGGCCCAGACCAGAUGGCCAUCGUCCAGUACCUGGCUACUGUCUUCCGCCUCAUGGCCAAAAAGGUCAUGAAGAAGUGGUCCAUUACUCAGAACCUGACCUUCAGAGAGCAGCUGGACGCAGGGAUCCGCUAUUUCGACCUGCGAGUCUCCUCCAAGCCUGGAGAGACCGGAACCGAGAUCUACUUCAUCCACGGCCUGUUCGGUCACAAGGUGCGAGACAGCCUGCUGGAGAUGAACUCGUUCCUGUCUUCCCACAAUAAGGAGGUUGUGUUCCUGGACUUCAACCACCACUACGCCAUGGGUCCGGAGCACCACUCUUACCUCAUCAGCAUGUUGCAGGAGGUUUUCGGCUCCAAGCUCUGUGGCUCCACCCCCGUGGACCACAUCACUCUCGACUUCCUGUGGGCCAGAAAGUACCAGGUCCUGGUGUUUUACCAUCACCCCUCCAUGCAGGGCUGUCCUCUCCUGUGGCCUGGCAGCAGGAUCCCUGCUCCCUGGGCCAACACCACUGAUACCCGCAAGCUCACCCAGUUCCUGGACAGCACCCUGGAGGAGAGGAGCCAACAGGGCUUCCACGUGUCCCAGGCCAUCCUCACACCCCGGACCCAGACAGUGUUGCGGGGCCUGGCAAGGGGCCUAAGAAACCACCUGGUGGAAAGGAACCUCCCCACCAUUAUGUCGUGGGUGGAGGCCCAGAGGCCAGGUGUGCGUGGAGUCAACAUCAUCACUUCAGACUUUGUGGAGCUGCUGGACUUCUCCAACAAGGUCAUCACUCUGAACAGGCUGCUACUGGCUGAGCAGGCCCACAAACCCUGCUGACCCCUGAACUCUAACCCUUUUGACCACUAACCCACCUGACCCCUGCCUUGUAACUCUCCUGACCUUUAACCCACCUGACCUCUAACACACCUGACCUCUACCCUUUGAUUCUCUGACCAUGAACCUGCAAGAAGUUUGGUGCACAUGCUUUGGAUAAAAGUGUUAAAGGAGCAGAGAUCAGAUCUGUCUCCUCUCCAGAUUCCUCACCUCCAUCCAACAUGGCAGCUGCACUAUGGAUCACAUGACC